AUGCCUUCUAGGGGAGAAUACACGGUGGGCUGGAUCUGUAGCAUUCGCAAAGAAUACGUCGCUGCUCGAGCUUUUCUAGACGAGAUACAUGAUGACAUAUGUGACCUUCCAAUACAAGAUAACAAUACCUACACCCUGGGCAAGCUUGGAGCUCACCUUGUGGUCAUAGCUCUUUUACCUGUUUAUGGCCUAUGCUCUGCUGCAAGCGCCGCAAAAGACAUGUCGCAUAGCUUCCACAAUAUUCAGAUUCGCCUCUUGGUUGGUAUUGGCGGAGGUGCGCCCAGUCCAUGUCACGAUGUCCGCUUAGGCGAUGUUGUUGUCAGUACCCCUGAAAACAAUACCGGUGGUGUGAUCCAGCAUGACUUCGGUAAAAGGAUACAAAACGAAAUCUUUGAAGAUCAAGGCUUUUUGAAUCAGCCACCGCAUUGUCUGCUCUCGGCUGUGAAUGGGCUCCGGGCCAAAUACGAUACUAAGGGCCAUCGGCUCGAAGAAUCUAUCACCAGUGUCCUGAAGAGACACAAAAGAUUACAAGAGGAGUACCAAAGACCGCAUCCAUGCACUGACAAGCUUUACAAAUCGGAUGUUGUCCGUGUCCAAGACGAUCAAGUCGGCGGUACGGAAUCAAACUCUACCUCGUUGAUAGUGAAGCUUCUCUGGGAUAUCCUUCUACGCAUAUUACGCAUUUUGCUCCACUUAGGGACAGACUCUGACGACAGCAUGUCUAGUUUAGUCAUGCGCCGUCAAAGAGCUGGAACGGAGGACAACCCCAUGAUCCACUAUGGUGUCAUUGCAUCCGGAAACCAACUCAUGAAGGAUGCCGUAUUACGUGAUAAGUUCGCAGCAGCAAGGGGGGUUCUAUGUUUCGAGAUGGAAGCUGCGGGCUUGAUGAACCACUUCCCUUGUUUGGUCAUUCGGGGUAUAUGUGACUACGCGGACACGCAUAAAAGUGAUCAGUGGCAGGGUUAUGCAGCAAUGGCAGCAGCAGCUUAUGCAAAAGACCUUUUAUGUCAUUUAGCGCCGCGGCGGAUAGCAGCGUAUAGGGAUGCUGAGGGGGGUCAGGAAGACGACGCCAUUCGUGAAUGGCUUGCAGGGAUUGACUAUUCCAAGGUCCAGAAAGAUUGCCUGGAUCGAUGGCAAAAGGGGACCGGUGGGUGGCUGAUUAAGUCGGAAGAGUUUCAAAGAUGGUUGGAUGAGGACAACCAGAUUCUUUUCUGCCCAGGCAUUCCUGGUGCAGGAAAGACUUUCGCUGCCUCUUUCAUCAUUCAUUACUUUUGCCAGACCUACCAGAGGGACCUGAACACGAAUGUUGGCAUCGCGUAUGUAUACUAUGACUGGCAAAAGCCCCAGACAUCGCGUCAUGAUCUGCUUUCAAGCCUUCUUUCACAACUGAUUCGGCCUUCCAUUCCGGAGUUUGUAAGAAGCUUUUACAAACAGCAUAGAACCCGAAAUACUCGCCCUUCAUCGGACGAUCUUAUGGGUAUCCUGGUGAAAGUCAUCUGCGCGUACACAAGGACCUUCAUUAUCAUUGACGCUCUAGAUGAAUGCGAUGGUUCUGGCGGGUCACGAUCAGAAGUUCUAGCAACAUUGUUCAGUCUGCAGGAUACAACUAGGGCGAACCUCUUUGUGACGUCUCGGCAUAUCCAUGCCAUAGAGACAGAAUUUUACCAAAGAAGGAGUAUUGUGCUCGAGAUUCACGCUCGCGAUGAAGAUAUCCGGAGAUAUCUCGAUGGCCAUGUAGCUCGACUACCAAAAUUUGUUCUGGAGAAACCUGGGUUGGAAGAAAAUAUCAAAUCGAUGGUUAUCAAAGCAGCUGAUGGGAUGUUUCUCCUCGCAUAUCUUCAUUUGCAGUCAUUGGCGAAUAUGAUAACAAUCUCUGAAAUCAAAAGGGCUUUAGAAAUGCUACCUAAAGAAUCCAGCACAUACAAGGAUGCAUACGACAGAAUUAUGCACCGGAUUAAACAGCAACCAACGAGCCACAGAGGACUAGCUACUCGGGUUCUUUCUUGGAUAUUUCGCGCACGGAGAGCAUUGGGAAUCAUAGAGCUACAGCACGCCUUGGCUGUCACAGAAAACUCAUCCACAAUCGAUUUAGAUAAUAUCCCAACCAUUGACGUGAUAGUCGAUGUUUGUGCUGGCUUGGUCACCGCUGACAAAAGCUGUGGAAUAGUACGCCUGGUCCACUUUACAGCGCAGGAGUACAUUGAUCAAUGUUGGACAGCAUGGUUUCCUGAUCCCAAUUUGAAUAUCGUCAAGACUUGCGUGACAUACUUGUCGUACGAACAUUUUGAAAGGGGCCCGGCUACGACUUGGCAAGAGUACCAACAGCGACUAGAAGACAAUCCCCUUUAUGAGUAUGUCGCGCAGUAUUGGGGUUUCUAUGCUAGAGAAGCCUAUCACGAAGCUAGACAGUUUACAUCAUAUCUCCUGCGGAAUAACCCAGUGCUUGCCAGCGCAGCACAGGUUUUACUGGAAGAAAGAUCUAUUUUCCGUCCGCUGAGGAAGGUGGAAGGGGUCAUCGGGUUGCAUAUCGCCGCAUAUUUUGGAUUAAAUCUUGAAUUAAUAGACCUUCUAAAGGGUACACCAUGCGUCGCGACGGUGGAUAGCUUUGGUCAUACCGCUCUACAUUGGGCAGUGAUGGGAGGGCAGGCUCAGACGGUCGAAAUUCUUCUUCAUAAGGGGCUCGAUGUGAAUAUGACAGAUGCUGAGAUGAGAUCUGCGUUGCAUUACACGGCAAGCAAAGGCAACGCUGCAUUGACACACCUCCUAUUAAGGAACGGUGCACGUACCGAAAUACGAGAUAUAGAUGGGCAGACGCCCUUACUGGCUGCAGCAGACAAGCUCAGUGUGGCCGCAACAAAAGAGUUAUUAGAUGCAGGGGCCUUUGUCAAUGCCGUAGAUACAAUGAGUCGGAAUGCAUUACAUUUGGUAGUGCUUGCUGCAAAGGAUCAAAGCGCUCAUCUAGCCGGCUUGCUCUUAUCUUGGGGUAUUGAUGCUAGCUUGUGCGAUGUUGAAAACAUGACCCCGCUGCAUUAUGCAGUUGCAACAGGAAACCACCUAGUUGCAGACAUACUUCUCCGGGCUGGUGUCGAUAUUAAUACUGGCGUUGAGAGAAACCUUUGGACGAUUAGUAUGGAAACUGGGGAACGAACGUAUCAAAAACAUCAGCAAACUCACAUUGCAGAAGAGAAUGUUACCAACGCCGUUGGCCUCACACCGCUGCAUUUUGCAGCUUGUAGUGGCCACUGUGCAAUGACGGAAUAUCUCCUGGGCAAGGGUGCCAAUCCAAACUCACAGUCUCAUGACGGGGACACACCGUUGCAUAUUGCCCUGAAUAGAGGCAUUCCAGGAAGCAAUUUGAGGGGAUUGGCAAACGAUGACGCAUGGACGGACGACAGAUGGCAAGUUGAGCUUAGUGCCAACUUCCUAUCUGACUAUGAAGGAGAGGAAGCACGCGAGAUCUAUCGAUAUAUCGAUGAACAGAGAUUAGCGGUCCUUAAUAUCCUUCUUGCAAGAAGUGAUAUUGAUGUGAAUAUCGCAAAUACAGCACUAGAAUCACCACUUCAUAAAGUUCGCUAUGGCGACAUUGACUCGGGAGUGGUUGUUCAGUCACUACUUGAGAAGGGGGCUAAUGCGUUUGCACGGAACUCGAAAGGACAAACAGCAUUGCACCUCGCCUGUAAAGCAGGAAGUUCUACAAAUGUCUGCAAGUUCCUUGACUGGGGUUGUUCCAUUACCAACAAGGAUUCGGAAGGCGUGACUGCUUUACAUUACGCUGUGCACCAGAAUAGAUGUGACACCGUAAGAAUAAUCCUAAACAAGGACAGAGAGGGAGGCCGACAGCUAUGUCUCGAAACAGACAGACAAGGUAGAUCUUUACUCCAUCACCAUCUACAAUCCCGUAUCUGCUCCCUCGAGAUGGUCACCAUACUACUGAAUCAUGGUGCGAGAGUGGAUGAUCUUGACAAAAAUGGAGACACCCCUCUAAGCUUAUACCUGCAGACGUUUCACUUAUCGUACCGGACAGAAAUUUGCCUCUCUCUUCUGCAACAGGGAGCUGAUGCACGCUGGACGAACUCAAAAGGAGAGAACUUGGCACACCUGGCAAUGCGCAAUUGGAAGGUGGAGGUCGAGCUUUUGAAGGUUUUGUCGGAACAUGGUGUGAAUUUGUCCGCGAAGGAUAAGAGUGUCAAGAAUAUUUUACAUCAUGGAGCUAUUCACGGCUCAGUGAGUAAGGAUAUUUGUGACUUCAUUUUGCAAAACAACCUCAUGAACUGGAAUGAGAAAGACGAGAAAGGAAUCACUCCAUUUAUGUAUGUGCUGGAAGAGUCCAAGAAAACGCGGCAUCGCUAUCUCUUUGCGUCAGAUAGAUGGGAGCGUACAAGGGAGAAUCUCAGUAACCUGGCGAGGGACAAAGGGUUGAAGCUGUAA